CAAUUGAAAAAGAAUUCAGCUGGUUUGCUCACAGUUCCAAUUAUUUUUCCAAAGGUUUUGUUCCAUUUUCCUUCUCUCUCAAUUCGUCUUCUUCGGUCGUCACAGUUAAUCUCGCUGGCCGUCCAUGGAGUCACUAGUUACUUCCGCGCGAAUCUCCUGCCCUUCAUCCUCCUUCGCUCCUCUCUCCAUCUCCUCCCCUAAAAGAACGAGCUCAUCCAUGCGCCUCCCGCAUCACCGAAUCUCAUCCAAGAAUGGAGAUGGGCAUGAUUUCCACCCCGACACCGAGGAUACGGCUAUCGUCCCUCUGCACAAGAACCGCAGUUCUCUUAUUCGUCUUCCUAAGGAUGAAGCGAUGGGACUUGUUCUGAGCGCGGCGGUGGGGCGAGGUUGGACUACGGGAUCCGGAAUGGAAGGUCCCGCUGCACCGGAAUCGGAUUCCAUCGAUCGAACUGUCUCGACGUUUCCGUGGUCUCUCUUCACUAAAUCUCCUCGGCGGCGGAUGCGUGUCGCCUUCACCUGCAACGUUUGUGGUCAGAGAACUACCCGCGCCAUCAACCCUCAUGCGUACACCGACGGGACUGUCUUUGUCCAGUGUUGCGGCUGCAAUAUCUUCCACAAGCUGGUGGACAAUCUUAAUCUGUUCCAUGAGAUGAAGUGCUAUGUGAACCCGACUUUUCGUUACAAAGGGGAUGUGAGCAUCAAUUUCCUUGAUGGUGACGAUGAUGACUGGAAUAUCUUCCCCGUUAUGUGAGUGGAAUGGAUUCGCUUGGGAGGAUCUCUGGGCUGGUUAGUAAAAAGUAAUCUAUGUAAAUCUAAUAUUAUAGUUACAAUGAUAUUAGAUUUAUCAGUUAACAUUUGUAUAUAGAUGUUAUGUUUCAAAAUCUGUGAAUUUUUAGUAUGACGCUAUUCUCUUUGAAUCUAAGCCUUGAUAUACCUUAUCUGGAAA